AUGCCUCGUGGUCAGAAAAGUAAGCUCCGUGCCCGUGAGAAACGCCGUCAGGUUCAGGUUAAGGCUGAAAGUCACCAAGAUGCUCAAGCCACUGCAGCAGAGGAGAAGGAGUCACCCACUCCACCCUCUCCUGAUUCUGGCGGUUCUCCCUCUAGCCUCCCUACUUUAAGGGAUAGCCAGGGGCCUCAGGAAGAGCAACCCACCACCAGUGCUGCUGCAUGUGCGCCAUGCAAAACAUCUGAGGUGGAUGACAAGAGCCAGGAUGAGAGUCAACCCAGCACAUCCAACGACUUAGCCAUCAAUGUGAAUGUCAAUACUGAUCUUAUAAGUAGAAGGGCAGGAAUGCUGCUGCAGCUGAUGCUGUUCAAAUUUAAAAUUAAAGAGCCCAUCACCAAGGCCGAUAUGCUGAAGAUUGUCAACAAAAGAUCCCGAGACCAGUUCUCAGAGAUCUUCAAGCUGGCCACUGAUCGCCUGGAGCUUAUUUUUGGCAUUUCAUUAAAGAAAAUCAAGCCCACUGGCCACUCCUAUACCUUUGUCAGCACCGAUAGCACCGAUGAUAGUGUUUCUUCUGAUGAGAAAAUUAUUAAGAAUGGGCUUGUGAUGCCUCUCCUUGGUGUGAUCUUCCUGAACGGGAACCGGGCCUCUGAAGAAGAGAUGUGGGAGUUUCUGAGUGUCCUGGGAAUAGAAGAUGGGAAGAAAUUCUUGGACAUUGACGACCCCAGAAAGCUUAUUACCAAAGAUUUGGUGAAGCAGAAUUACCUGGAAUGCCACCAGAUACCUAACAGUAAUCCUCCACACUAUGAGUUCAUGUGGGGUGCCAGAGCUUGUGCUGAAACCAGCAAGAUGCAAGUUCUAGAGUUUUUGGCCAAAAUCAAUCAUACAGUACCUGCUGCCUUUGGGGUCCAUUAUCAAGAGGCUUUGAAAGAAGAGGAAGAAAGAGCACAAGCGAAAGCUGCAAAAUAUGCCAGGAAGAAAAAGCCAGAGGCAAAGCCAGUUGAUAAUCUUGUUCCUGAUAAAGAGUGA